AUGGCUCCCGGGGAGCCGAUCGAGUGCCUCGCGGCAAUCGCAUGGGAGGCCAAGAAGCCCCUAGAUGUCACCAAGGUGAUCGUGGCACCUCCUGGGCCUGGGGAGGUCCGCAUCAAGAUUAUUGCCACGGCCCUUUGCCACACGGACGCCUACACCUUGGACGGCCUCGACCCUGAGGGCCUGUUCCCGUGCAUCCUGGGCCACGAGGCGGCCGGCGUUGUUGAGAGCGUGGGGGAGGGCGUCACGUCCGUCAAGCCGGGAGACCACGUUAUCCCGUGCUACCAGGCCUACUGCGGGGACUGCAAGUUCUGCAAGCACCCCGAGUCAAACCUCUGCAUCAGCGUCAGGGCCUUCACAGGCAAGGGUGUGAUGAAGGCGGACGGCAAGCCGCGGUUCACCACCCUGGACGGCAAGCCCAUCUUCCACUUCAUGGGCACCAGCACGUUCAGUGAGUACACCGUGGUUCACGAGCAGAGCGUGGCACUGGUGGACAAGACCGCCCCCCUCGACAAGGUGUGCCUGCUGGGCUGUGGCGUGGCGACCGGGUGGGGCGCGGUGUUCAACACCGCCAAGGUGCAGCCCGGCACAUCAGUGGCCGUGUUUGGCCUGGGUGCCGUGGGUUUGGCGGUGAUCGAGGCGGCCGCGAGGGCGGGGGCGUCGCGCAUCAUCGCGGUGGACAUCAACGCUGACAAGUUCCCCGCGGCCAAGGAGUGGGGCGCCACCGAGUGCAUCAACCCCAAGGACCACGACAAGCCCAUCCAGGCUGUGAUCAAUGAGCUGACGGAGUGGGGCUGCGACUACACCUUUGAGUGCAUCGGCAACGUCGCCGUCAUGCGCGCGGCCCUAGAGUGCGCGCACCGCGGCUGGGGCCAGAGCGUCGUCGUCGGGGUGGCGGCCGCGGGCCAGGAGAUCAGCACGCGCCCCUUCCAGCUCGUCACGGGGCGCCAGUGGAAGGGCACCGCUUUUGGCGGCUACAAGUCACGGGUGCAGGUCCCCCAGCUGGUUGACGAGUACCUGGCGGGGGGCACCCUCCUGGACAAGUACAUCACCCACAGGCUGCCCUUCACCCAGAUCAACGAGGCCUUUGACCUGCUGCACAGCGGCAAGACGCUGCGCACGGUGCUGACGUUUGAGUAG